AACUAUUUAAUUGCGUUUUUAGUCGGUUUACUUGCACCUGUCAUCACCAAUUUUAGGGCGUUCGUAAAUUCCUCAAUUACUAUCGCUAGCAAAUCAGAGUGCUCUGAAAUUGGAGCCGAUUACCAAUGUGAAUACGAACGCACCCCACAUUUGGAGUUCACGAGAAAAUAACAUCAGAUGUCUCGUUCUGCGCACAUUUCUGCCACGUUCAAAACAACUGGGAACUCGGAAAUCUCUGACUUCCGAGCGUUCAAGACAUCUGAGAACCCGGAAAAAGACGAGCCUCGACUGGGAAAAAUCGUUUGAGCUGUCAUCCAACAGGGAACUCCAAGUCUGGAAACUCGGACAUUUUUCUAGAGCUCCGACUUUCCGACCCGAAAUGAAGAUCACCGACGUCAUGAGUUGAACUCGGUUAUGUCUGAGUUCCCAGUUGUGUUGAAAGCACCAUUCACAACGGCAGAGGCCUCUUCGGGGAUAGCGAAUCGGAGUGAGGAUAGCAAACAUAAUCGCUAAAGAUGGCGGCGGAGAGAGACACCGAAAAGAAUACUGCAUGUAUUAUCAUCGCUAAGCAAUGUUUUUUUUAGGUAGGUGGACACGCAAAAUACCGAGAGCUUUUAAGUUGAAGUCCCGUGUUGUGCACAUGACUUGUUUUUUCUCCCACUGGAGCGCCCAAGUUCCAUGUCAAGUUAGCAGUGUUGGCUAGCUAGCCUGAUUGGAUUGCACAUAUAUUUGAUGAGCGAUUAAAUGUGCCACAAACUGUCCAUGAAGCCAUUGGACAACAUCGUCUCUUACUGUGGAAUACAGCUUGCCAACCUUUCAACUGGACCCGCGACGCGGCGAGUGUUGAGUCGAAGUGACUGACCGUCAUGUAUUUUCUAACUGGCUGGCCUCGGAGGCUACUUUGUCCACUGAAAAGUGAAGAAGAACCGUUUCAUGUUCAACCCAGCUCCCAGAGGUUUUACUUCGCUGUAUUGUCCGAGACUCAACUAAGCGUCUGGUUUAGUCGGCCCAGUGUUCUGAUAGUGAGCUACAUAGAGUCGGCGAAAGCAUCAUCCCAGUUUGGCUUCUAUCAGCAGGCCGAAUGGAAGCAGGACGAUUCCAUGAUAGCAGUAGCGGCUGCCAAUGGCUACAUCCUCCUGUUUGACGUGGUGGGAGGAGGAGAGGACAAGUAUCUUUAUGAACCCGUCUAUUCCAAAGGGAGUCGUGGUGUUAAGGUCACCCCAGGUUAUAAAGAGGAGCAGUGUGCCCCCGCUCUCAGCCUGGAGAUGAAGAGACCCAUAGACCUGGAGGCUCCCAUUACCAGCAUGCAGUCUCUUCAGGAGGAUCUAUUGGUGUCUACUGCUGAUGGCUACCUCCACAUCCUCCACUGGGAUGGAGUCAGCAACGGCAGGAAGGCCAUCAGUCUCUGUAGUGUCCCUUUCUCCCUGGACCUACAGUCUGCCAGAGGUGGUCUGUGUCUGGACCUGAAGGGGGUGUACAUCAGAGACAUGACCUACUGUGUGACACUGGAUGGCUUUGCUGUGGUGCUUGAUGAUGGCAGGCUGGGGUUCAUCACUCCUCUAGCCAACAGGAUCACUGCAGAUCAGCUGCAGGGCGUCUGGGCAGCAGAUGUAACAGACGGCACGUGUGUGGCUGUCAACAAUAAGUACAGACUGGUGACCUUUGGCUGUGCCAGUGGCUCAGUGUUGGUGUACAGUAUCGAUACCACUACAGGGUCCAUGCAGCUCUCCCACAAGCUGGAGCUCACUCCUAAACACUACCCCGACGUGUGUAACAAGACAGGCGCGGUGAAGCUGAUCCGCUGGUCCCCCGACUACAGUGUUGCCAUGGUGACCUGGGAGUGCGGGGGACUGUCUCUGUGGAGUGUGUUCGGAGCCCACCUCAUCUGUACCCUGGGGGAGGACUUUGCGUAUCGGUCAGACGGCACUAAAAAGGACCCUAUAAAUAUCAGCUCGAUGUGCUGGGGAGCAGAGGGUUACCACCUGUGGGUCAUCACCAGCAGAGAGGAGACGGAGCUGGUAGAGAACAUGGAGGAGGCUCCUCCCCAGACCCAGCAGGCUGGCAUACUGCAGUUCAACUUCAUCAAGAGCGCCCUCACGGUCAACCCCUGCACGAGUAACCAGGAGCAGGUGUUACUUCACGGGGAGGACCGUCUCUACCUAACCUGUGGUGACCCCACCCAGCUCCCCUCCGGCAGCUCAGAGAGCCCCCACCCCCAUAACCUCCCCCACGGCGGGGAGGGCAGCCCCACCCACCACCCCUCGCCCAACUCUACCUCUCAGGGACUCAGCACUUUACUGGGAUACAAGCACUGGCACGUGGUCCAGAUUCACAGCACAUACCUAGAGAGCAACUGGCCUAUACGGUUUGCAGCCAUAGACACAGCAGGCCAGUGUAUAGCUGUAGCAGGGAGACGUGGCUUUGCACAUUACUGCAUGUCCACCAGGAAAUGGAAGCUGUUUGGGAACAUCACUCAGGAGCAGAACAUGACCGUGACAGGAGGGCUGGUCUGGUGGAACGGCUUUGUUGUUGUUGCCUGUUACAAUUUCAUCGACCGGCAAGAAGAGCUGCGUCUGUACCUGCGGUCGUCUAACCUGGAUAACACCUUCUCCUCCGUCACCAAGCUGCACUCUGACACUCUGCUGCUCAACGUGUUCAGAGACAUGAUCAUCCUCUUCAGAGCAGACUGCUCCAUCUGCCUCUACAGCAUGGAGAGGAGACACGACGGGCCCAAUCCAUCAGCCAGUGUUGAGCUGCUUCAGGAAGUGUCCAUGUCACGCUACAUUCCUCAUCCUGCCCUGGUGGUGUCAGUCACCCUCACCUCUGUACGCACAGAGACCGGCAUCACGCUCAAAGCCCCACAGCAGGCCUGUAUGGCAGACAGCAUCAUACUGAACCUGGCAGGCCAGCUCAUCAUGCUACAGAGAGACCGUUCUGGACCCCAGCUACAGGAGAAGCUACCGUUCUGUCCUCCAGUGGUUCUGGCCCAGUAUGUAGAGAAUGUGUGGACGACGUGUCGUAGUAACAGGAAGAAGCGCCACCUACUGGAGGCUCUGUGGCUGUCGUGUGGAGAGGCUGGGAUGAAGGUGUGGCUCCCCCUGUUCCCUCGUGAUCAUCGUAAGCCCCACUCCUUCCUGUCCCGCCGCAUCAUGCUGCCCUUCCACAUCAACAUCUACCCCCUGGCUGUGCUGUUUGAAGAUGCUCUGGUUCUGGGAGCUUCCAACGAGACUGUGGUCUAUGACAGCCUGCAGGGUCCCAGAGAGGGCCGGGAGUCCCUAGAGGGGUUGUUCCCUUACUGCACAGUGGAGAGGACUUCCCAGAUCUACCUCCACCACAUCCUGAGGCAACUCCUGGUCCGUAACCUGGGGGAGCAGGCCCUUCUCCUGGCCCAGUCCUGCGCAGCGCUCCCCUACUUCCCCCACGUCAUGGAGCUCAUGGUCCACGUGGUGCUGGAGGAGGAGGCCACCUCCCGGGAGCCCAUCCCUGACCCGCUGCUACCCACCGUGGCCAAGUUCAUCACAGAGUUCCCCCUGUUCCUCCAGACCAUCGUGCACUGCGCCAGGAAGACAGAGUUUGCCCUGUGGAACUACCUGUUUGCUGCCGUGGGCAACCCCAAGGAUCUGUUUGAGGAAUGUCUGAUGGCCCAGGACCUGGACACCGCUGCAUCCUAUCUCAUUAUACUGCAGAACAUGGAGGUUCCAGCAGUGAGCAGGCAACACGCUACGCUACUCUUCAACACGGCUCUGGAGCAGGGCAAGUGGGACCUCUGUCGUCACAUGAUCCGAUUCCUCAAGGCCAUUGGCUCUGGAGAGAUGGAGACCCCACCCCCAACACCAACCACUCAGGAACCCAGUUCGACGGGAGGUUUUGAGUUCUUCAGGAAUCGCAGCAUCAGUCUGUCUCAGUCAGCUGACAGCAUCGCUGCUGGGAAGUUUAACCUACAGAAGACCUUCAGCAUGCCCUCUGGGCCCUCUGCUAAGGGGUCUGAGAGGUGGUCUAAGGACAGUGACUGUGCAGAGAACAUGUACAUAGACAUGAUGUUGAGGCGUCAUGCCCGCCACCUCCUUGAGCACGUCAGACUAAAAGAGCUGGGUUGUUUCUCUGCCCAGCUGGGCUUCGAGCUGAUUGGCUGGCUGUGCCACGAGCGCACGCGGGUGGCGCGGGUUGAUGAUUUUGUCAUGGCGCUGAAGUGUCUCCACAAGGACUUCCUGUGGCCGUUUCCUGUCACCCCAGCCGGCUCCAUCAGCUCGCCUUUCAAGAACGGACACCGCAGGACAGUGCUGAGCCAGCAUCUACUGAAGUCCCAGUCAGCAGACAGCCUGUUGAACAGUGACAUGGACACAGUGCCCCCACAGGCCGCAGCACGCAACAGCAACCACACUUGGCUAGACAGGCUGGGGGCUCUUGGACCUACAGAGCCUACAGAGAUGGACACUGCCUUGUCCCACGGGGGGCCACAGACACAGGAGGCCUUCCUCUCUCCACUAACCAACAAAACGGAGGAGUGCAGUAUCGGUUCUGCCACAGACCUGACAGAGACCAGCAGUAUGGUGGAUGGAGACUGGACCAUGGUGGAUGAGAACUUCUCUGCUCUCAGUCUGACCCACUCUGAGCUGGAACACAUCUCCAUGGAGCUGGCUAACAAGGGACCACACAAGUCCCAGGUCCAGCUACGGUACCUCCUGCAUGUGUUCAUGGAGGCUGGCUGUCUGGAGUGGUGUGUUGUGAUUGGUCUGAUCCUGAGAGAGGCCACAGUCAUUAAGCAGGUGGUCAACUUCCUGGACAGCCCCGAGGUUCCUCAUGAGACCGUCCAGAGUGUCCGCUCCGGCCUGCUAGGGGUCGAAGCAUGGGCCUCCACUGACUGCCUGGGCUAUAAGCCCUUCCUGAACCUGAUCCGGCCCCAGCUACAGAAGCUCAUAGAGACUUCUGUAGAGCAGAUCCAGCCUGAAGCCUUCCUGCCAGGGGCUUCCAACUCGAAGCUGGCUGAGCCCCAGCCCGGAGGCCCGAGUGCGGAAGACAGUAGGGGGCCUGCUCUCCUGGGUCUGGCCCUUCCUUUGGAGCCCCCUCGGGGGUUAGGGACAGAGGACGGCGGAGUUCCAGAGGAGCAGGAGGAACAGGCGGUGGACGAGGGGGUGUACGACUGCACUCUGUCCUGACAUGCCCAGUCCUGACCUGAGUCAUGUUCAUUAGGCACCAAACGGAAGAAAGUGGACUGAAACAGGGAGGGACUGACUAUAUUGACUUAAACUUUUUGCUACGGUAAGCCCUGAUGAAUACAGCCCUUUUCUGACCUCUGACCUUGCUGGGCGGGCGUGAUGGGACACGGGAUGAGGAAGAGAGACACUGGAAGUCUCAGACUAAACUCUGUGUGUCUGGAACCAGUUUGUUGACUCACGUGGACUCUGAUAUUGUCCAUUGUGUGUGAGACUGUGUGUGUCAUGGUAUUGUGUGUAUUACUACACUGUGUGUGUAACAUUUGGAAGCCUCAAACGCAAGAGGACAUUCUCUCCAGUCCGGAUACUCGUUCAUCCCGGUGGUGGAGCAGGGUCAGUGAGUGAGUGAGUGAGUGGGCUCUUGUGUUUUAAGAGUGUCAGUAUUGUCCAGUUGAGUCAUUGCAGACAUCGUUAGUCAGGACACAGCCGAUUCAUAACAAACAAAAAAUCUUACCUAAAAUAUAGAUAUGAUCAAUGACGUGCUUCUAACCUCCUAUUUAUUUUGCUCCAAGUAAACUUUUUUUUUUAAAGAAAUUUGCUCACAGACAAGAAUUUACCAGACUGAGUUUGGGCUAGUCAGGCUUUAUUCUGGGACUAAAGCAGGCAGUUUGUGUUGCAAGUUAGCAUUUUACCAAAAUAUGCUUUUCAGAUCAGAGAAAUGCUGUCUGGGCUAUAGUGUCUAGAUAAAAAUGUUAGAUCGCCGUGACGACGUGCUGGGCAAAAAGCAUCCGGGUUAUUGUCUGUCAGACCUGUCACAUAUUAAGCUUAAUUGGCUCAUUCCACAUUACAGAAAGUUUAACCUAUAACUGUAUAUUUUUGUCACAGUUUGUGCAACUGAGUUCAGAUAUAACUUUUUGCAAGGAAUCGCCCCUGAAAUGUGCUGGACAAGUUCUGAGAUGCACUGAAUGAAAAGUGUGUGUUACCUCCGACUGUACCGUGGAUUUAAAGACAUUUACUGAUGCCUUGGUCAAUUAUGUGAUAUUAUUCUACAACAUUACUUCAUGAGACGAUGUCAGUCCCCUCUCUAAGAUAUUAAAGACUAGUGUGAGAAUUCUGUUGGAGGAGAGAGAAGACGUGUGUGUGAUGAACUGGAUUGGAGGUGAAUGAUAUUGACGAGGGCCUGACCAGGCCUCAACCAAACCAUGACUGACCCCUGAAGGGAGAAUCUACCAUUCUCUGAGGACAAACCAAAUUAUUAUGGCCAUCCUGACCUGCGUCUUUACACACAUGCUUUAGGAUUGGCUCUAGAAUUGAAGCAUUACUGUUCAGUUGGCUUCCGUCAUGCUGGAGGAUCCAAACUGAGACAAACUAUAUUCAUAAUUCACUUUGUGUUGAUGUCAUGCCAGAGAAUUUUUAUUUGCCCCAUUUUUAAAUAGAGAAAACACCAACUGAUGCACACUUUGGUGUUAAUUCAAUGUCACAUUUCAGUAUCGUUUUCUUAAGGUAGGAUUGUGUUGGUCUCUACUUAGCAAUGGCUGUGGAGUUGAAUAGGUCCUAUACUAUUUAAUGUAUUCUGACAUUGUUUCUAUAAGAAUUUAAGUCUGUAAGGGCUUGGUUGUUAUCACCAUGGUAACAUGGCAGUAACAUACCAAAAUCUCGAUCAUGUAAAACUGAAAAUAUCUCCAACACUGACGCUGCUUUCAGAAGCAGCUCCUGUGUGUAUGAUGUGGAACAGUAAAGACUAAGUACAGUAUCCUCACAUGGAAUCUUUUAUGAUCGUCAGUAUUAUUAUUUAUUGGUUGUGGUGUUAUUGCUAAUGGGAAAAUGUUAGCCUUCAUUAUUCAUUCAAAUUGUUUUAUUUCGGCUAUAUCAAAGCAACUAAAACAGAACUAUUUGCUUUUGCCUCAACUUGUACUGUAGUCUGUUCUCAGGCCCAGCGCCCAGGUCAAUAUCCUGUCACCUGACCAGCAUAGAGCUCUCUCUCAGGCCCAGGUCAAUAUCCUGUCACCUGACCAGCAUAGAGCUCUCUCUCAGGCCCAGGUCAAUAUCCUGUCACCUGACCAGCAUAGAGCUCUCUCAGGCCCAGGUCAAUAUCCCGCCACCUGACCAGCAUAGAGCUCUCUCAGGCCCAGGUCAAUAUCCUGUCACCUGACCAGCAUAGAGCUCUCUCAGGCCCAGGUCAAUAUCCUGUCACCUGACCAGCAUAGAGCUCUCUCAGGCCCAGGUCAAUAUCCCGCCAGGUCAAUAUCCUGUCACCUGACCAGCACAGAGCUCUCAGGCCCAGGUCAAUAUCCUGUCACCUGACCAGCAUAGAGCUCUCUCAGGCCCAGGUCAAUAUCCUGUCACCUGACCAGCACAGAGCUCUCAGGCCCAGGUCAAUAUCCCGCCACCUGACCAGCACAGAGCUCUCAGGCCCAGGUCAAUAUCCUGUCACCUGACCAGCAUAGAGCUCUCAGGCCCAGGUCAAUAUCCUGUCACCUGACCAGCACAGAGCUCUCAGGCCCAGCGCCCAGGUCAAUAUCCUGUCACCUGACCAGCAUAGAGCUCUCUCAGGCCCAGGUCAAUAUCCCGCCUCCUGACCAGCAUAGAGCUCUCAACCUUCAAACGGGAAUCAAUGGUGAAACAGCCACAUCCAUUUGUGAUUUUACAACAACGGUUACUAUUUUUUCCCCCUCUGACAUCAUUGGACACGUGACAGAAGAGCUUAAUAUGUACUGCCUUGUUUUCACCAUGCUGCACGACGCUCCUCAGCAACAACGGUGGUGGGGCGGCCAGUGGCGCCACCCUACUGCAGAUGCCAUCUUUAACAGCCGGCAAAACUCUGGCUCAUAUCCACAAAGCAACUGAGUACGAACGCUGAUCUAGGAACAGGGCCCCAUGUAUUCAUUGAGCUCUAAAUGGAAAUACUGGUCCUGGAUCAGCUGUUUCUCCAGACAAUUGUUAGUGCUCUGUGAACACAGCGGUUUUCUUUACUGUGUGUAUUCUAUAUCAGCUAGGUUCAGUACAUUAAUGGUCUCCACUUACCUACAGUACAUCACUGUUAAACUGUGCAUGGUCUCCACUUACCUACAGUACAUCACUGUUAAACUGUGCAAUUCUGAAACGUUGCUUUGUUUCAGCCUUUAAUUUUUUUUGUAUUUACAUUCAGUUCCACAUGUUUUACUGUCACUCAUACCAACCAAAACGUUUGUACUUUAAAUAUUAUUUUGCUGCAGCUCACUGUGCUUGUAGUGUGUAUUUUUAAACAUUUUGCUGCAGCUCACUGUGCUUGUAGUGUGUAUUUUUAAACAUUUUGCUGCAGCUCACUGUGCUUGUAGUGUGUAUUUUUAAACAUUUUGCUGCAGCUCACUGUGCUUGUUGUGUGUAUUUUUAAACAUUUUGCUGCAGCUCACUGUGCUUGUAGUGUGUAUUUUUAAACAUUUUGCCUCAGCUCACUGUGCUUGUAGUGUGUAUUUUUAAACAUUUUGCUGCAGCUCACUGUGCUUGUAGUGUGUAUUUUUAAACAUUUUGCCUCAGCUCACUGUGCUUGUAGUGUGUAUUUUUAAACAUUUUGCUGCAGCUCACUGCUUGUAGUUUGUAUUUGCCUCUAUUCUGAUUGUAUUGUUCUGCAGCGUUGUUUUUACGAGAACCUCUUUGGCCGUGACUGUACACUAGCCUGAGUCCCAGACUGGUUCGUGUCGUCCUACUGUACCAACUCCAUUUCUGUCAUUGUCAUGUUGGCAACACGGCACAAACAGAACUGGGACGCCAGUUAACUACACAGCAUCGAUGUGCUUCUAUACCAUCUGUCCUCUGCUGCCAGUACAGUAGAUGCAGUAGCUUACUGUCUGCUCUCAAGCCCACAACAAACCCCAGCUGUGAAGUUUACCUAACGUAAUAAGGUUGUUGGCUAACCAAAGACAUGUUCUGAGGCCUUGGGUCAACGUGACUUGAGUGCUUGUAUAUGCAGAGGUAAAAUGAACCCCUCUGAUGAAAGAACCAUUGCUGCUUUAAACACAUUUUUCAGUUAGUACUUAAGACAGUUUAUCGAUAUUCUGAUUAUACACAUUUCAUGUUUCCAUCUGAGGACUAGAAGUCUAUUGUUUCGUGUGUCUGUCUCUGCUGUUGGGGAAAAGCAUGAUGACAGCGGUACUCUUUUCAUACAAAAUCUGCAUGAAGGACGUCUUUUGUUUUCCUUCAUAUUGUAAAGAAUAGCAUAUCUGGACGCAGUAACAUUCCCUGGGUCACGAUAGGUGGACAUUGUUUUCCUUCAUAUUGUAAAGAAUAGCAUAUCUGGACGCAGUAACAUUCCCUGGGUCACGAUAGGUGGACAUCUUCAAUGCAGUGUACAGUAUUAGAUACUGUUUCUUGUACAAUUUGCCUUUUCUACUCAUUUUGGUUUUCUAAUUUUUCCUGUACAUAAACAAUAAAUUAUUUUUUAAAACCAA